AUGCGCACUUCUCGUGCCUCGAAGGAAACCUCGAAGGUUCUCCAGGCGUUGUCACCCCCUGCACGACGCCAGACUCGCAGUGCGGCGAUCGGCACUGGCGCCCUGAGGAGUUUCGCCUACCAUGGUGACUCGACUGUAAAGGCCGAGUUGAUCCCGACCAUUGCCACGAUUCCUGCUACUAGAAGUGACGAUGAGUCCUCUCUUUCGUCUGUCAAUACAGCCGACAUCGAAGAUCUCGUUGCCGACAUUGAACCCCCUUCGAAGCGCCGGAAACGCAACGCCAGCCCCAAGAUCCUAUCCGCCUCAAAUCGCACUCCGCGCAAGCCCCUCGUGAAGAAAGAGGAUCCAGAUGAGAAGCCCACACCGCAGUCCAAGGCCCGGCGCAUGCCUGCUCGCAAGACCCGCGAUGCUGAUGGAGCAGUUGUCGUGGAGCCGCCGUCCGACUGGGAGACUAUGUACAACAUCGUGAAGAAGAUGCGUGAGGAUAACCCGACCGCGCCGGUGGAUACGAUGGGCUGUGCAGAGCUCUACUGGCGGGCAUCAUCACCACGAGAUCGUCGUUUCCAGACUCUCGUCGCGUUGAUGCUGUCGUCCCAAACCAAAGACACCGUAACUGCCGUUGCAAUGCAACGACUACACACCGAGCUUGGCGAUGACCAGCCAGACCGCGUCAGCGAUAUCAAAUCUGAACCAACCGACUGUAUGGACGAGGUCAAGAUCAAACCCGAACCCGAAGACCCCUCUGCCACCCUCGCGCCCAAAGACAGCACCCUCAACCUCGAGAACAUCCUGGCCGUCUCCCCGACACGUCUCAACUCGCUCAUCGAAAAAGUCGGCUUCCACAAUAACAAAACCAAGUACAUCAAGGCCGCCGCGCUCAUUAUCCGCGAUGAAUACGAAGGUGAGAUCCCCUCCACGCCGGAAGGACUCAUGAAACUCCCCGGUGUGGGACCCAAAAUGGCGUACCUAUGUAUGAGCGCGGCGUGGGGCAAGCAUGAGGGCAUCGGCGUGGACGUGCACGUCCACCGGAUUACCAACUUGUGGGGGUGGCAUAAGACGAAGACACCCGAAGAGACUCGGCUGGCGCUGCAGUCUUGGCUGCCGCGGGAUAAGUGGCAUGAGAUUAACAAGUUGCUGGUUGGGUUGGGGCAGACCGCGUGCCAGCCGGUUAAGAGACGCUGUGGAGAGUGUUAUUUGGCCGGCACGAAGCUUUGCAAGAGCGAGGUUAAGGGGCUGGGUCCGGUGAAGCGGGAGGUGGGUGUGAAGGGGAGUCCUGGGCUGGAGGAGCCCAAGAUUAAGAUUGAGACCCAGUGA